AAAACGAAUAGAAUCAUGAUUACCCGUGAUUCAAUAAUAAUCAACAGAUUGAUGUUGACUACACAUUUAACAGGUUUAUUCUUCAUUGUUACAUGAUAGGUGCCUUAUUAUUUUGGUUUUGUUAUCGCAAUGUAUUUGUACCUCAGUAACGUACCUACAGAAUAUCAUUUCCUGACUAACCUCAACGAAUUUUUAUUUAUGCGACUAUCUAUUCAACGUAUUAUUAUUUAAUGUGGAACAGGACUGUUGAUUGUUAUUCGAAAUUAUAAUUGACAGAUUUUGAUUGUCAAAAUAUUAUAGUUUGGAGUUUUAUUCUGGUUAAAACGCAAUAUUAUCCCGAUAAAAUCUAAUAUUCUGGCAUUUUAACUUGUUAUCUCCUGAUUAUGGACGACACAUUGAGUUACGAUGAAGAAAGUGAUUAUGGAUUGGAAUAUUCUGAAGAGAGCACCUCAGAACCGGACGUUGAUCUCGAAAACCAAUACUAUUUGGCUAAAACAACGAAGGAAGAGGAUCCAAAGGCAGCUCUCGAAGCCUUUCGAAAGGUUUUGGAACUACAGGGGACAGAGAAGGGUACCUGGGGUUUCAAAGCAUUGAAACAAAUGGUUAAGAUCAAUUUCCACCUGAAAAACUACCAGGAAACAAUGCGAAUGUAUAAGGAACUGCUGAGUUAUAUAAACCAAUCGGUGACGAAGAACCACGGGGAAAAAUCCAUCAACUCCAUAUUGGACUACACGUCGACGUCCAAGGACUUCGAUGUGUUGAAGGAUUUCUAUGAAACAACCUUGGAAGCAUUGAAACUGGCGAAAAACGAUCGAUUAUGGUUCAAGACCAACUACAGACUUGGGCUGGUGUACCUUGAGAGAGGGGAAUACAACAGACUCUCCAACAUCGUGAAACAACUGAAACAGGCUUGUGACUACUCCCCGGAAACCACAGACUACUCAGAAGUAGACCCUCACACUGGGGCUCAAAUUCUGUCCAUUUACUCCUUGGAAAUUCAGAUGUACACCGACCUUAAGAAUCACCAACAAUUGAAAAAGCUGUACGAAAAAUCCUUGCACAUCAAGUCGGCCAUUCCCCAUCCCUUGAUCAUGAGCGUCAUUAGGGAAUGUGGCGGCAAGAUGCAUCUCAGGUCAGGCAAAUACGAAGAAGCGUACACUGAUUUCUUCGAGGCCUUCAAGAACUACGACGAAUCAGGUUCGCCAAGGAGGAUACAUUGCCUGAAAUACUUGAUCCUGACAAGCAUGCUGAUGAAGUCUACCAUCAAUCCAUUCGAUUCCCAAGAAGCUAAGCCGUACAAGAACGACCCAGAUCUGAAAACUAUGCUAGACUUAAUUUCCGCAUUUCAAAAUCAUGACAUGAAGAAAUUCGAGCGUAUAUUUCAAGACAACAAGGAAUCUUUGAUGGCCGACCAUUUUAUCCUGGAACAUAUCGAAGAACUUCUCAAACACGUGAGGAUAACAGUUCUUUUAAAGCUCUUCAAACCAUACCGUCGUCUCAAACUGAGCAGCAUCGCGACAGACCUUGGAAUAAGCUACGAAGAAACUGAAAAUUUGUUGGUUUCCUGUAUCCUAGAUCAGUUUAUAUUCGCUAGAAUCGAUCAAAUUGAGGGUGUACUUAUAGAAACCAGAAAUGAGGGUGUUGAACGUUAUAUGGCUAUGGAGAGAAUUUGUGAUAGUCUUGACAACAUUAGCAUCCAUAUUAUGCACAAGAUGCGCUCACCUUAAUUAUGUAUUAUUUCAGACAGGACUCCUUGAAAUAGAAGUCAAUAAAACUUCAGAAUUUUGUA